CUACGUUUUGGGUCUUUUCGUCUGUAUUUCAUGUCAAAUCCGUGUUAAUUGCAAGGACCGUCCGCAGGCUUAUCCCGUGCAUUUGAACCUCAGACAAAACAGUUAUUAAGUUAAUCUGAAGUGUGUUUGAAGUCUUCUGGCCUAAACUCUUGUCUGUCUCUCCCGAAAUCCUUCACAGGGCUUUCAAAGAGCAGCAGAAGCCGUUUUCUGAGCGUCUGGGAUUUAAACGAGGAAGAGGACGAUGCUUCCUCACCUCAGGAAUCGCAAUUUAAUCCGUCAGUCUUAGAGACACUUCCUUGGGCGUGGCUUUCGUCUAUGAACAAACGAACGGAGCGAACUCUGAUUUGUGCACCUCAUCUCAACAUGGAUGCAUCCCUCCAGGACUCCCAUUGCCAUUUGGCCAGAAGCAGCAAGUAUUGUGCGCCCCCUGGUGGUUACAGAGGGAAUGACGUUCACGCAGAUCGCGCAUUGCCGGUGUUUUUAUACCCGACCCAUGUUGAUCAGCGAGUCUAUGAUAGAUCCUACUGUAGCGGUGCAUCGCUGCUCUCGUACCUGCCGCCGUUCCAUGGUAGCUUUGGCAUUUACGAAUGUCCCUUCGAGCCCGCCUUCAUCCAGAAACGCAACGAGCGUGAACGCCAGCGCGUGAAGUGCGUAAACCAGGGAUACGCCAAACUACGCGACCACCUGCCUAAUGGGACCACGGAAAAACGGCUGAGCAAAGUGGAGACUCUGCGCGCGGCUAUACGCUACAUCAAGUACCUGCAGGAUCUGGUGGAGAAUGCGGGCAGGGCGGAGCAGAAUGGAGGAGCGUCGCCGCUUUCCGUUUCUGAGUCGUCUUCUGAGGAGUCUGUCGGGAGUUAAAGAUGUACAGAAAACAUUGUUCAUGCGACUUUUAUCCUGCGCCACCAAAACGUUAUUGAUUAUCAGAUAUUAGCAUGUGUUUUAAUGAUGCAAAAGCACAAUUGGUAAUUCAAAAAGUGCAGAAUUCAUAAUUACAUAAGUUUAUUUUAAAGGGGUCAUAUGAUGCAAUUGCAAGUUUUCUUUUGUCUUUGGAGUGUAACAAGCUGUUUGUGCAUAGA